AUGAGCACUUCACGAGGAUUUCAUGCAGCAUCCAUAUUAACAAAUGGGAAAGUGUUGAUCAGUGGGGGAACUAAUGAUAAUUAUAAUUAUAUAAACAGUGCUGAGUUGUAUGAUCCAUCAAGUGGGACGUGGAUCGUUACUGGCAACUUGAACACUGCACGCAAAUCUCAUGCAGCAAGCGUAUUAGUAAAUGGGAAAGUGUUGAUCAGUGGGGGAAUUAAUGGUGAUUUUCUAAACAGUGCUGAGUUAUAUGAUUCAUUGAGUGGAACAUGGACUGUUACUGGUAACUUGAACAGUGGACGUACCUAUCAUACAUCAACCAUAUUAACAAAUGGAAAAGUUUUGGUCACUGGAGGAUAUUAUGGUGGUCCUAUAUACAGUGCUGAGUUGUAUGAUCCAUCGAGUGGAACAUGGACUGUUACUGGUAGCUUGAAUAUUGCACGUGCCUAUCAUACGUCAACCUUAGUAACAAACGGAAAAGUGUUGGUCACUGGAGGAUAUGGUAUCAGUGCUAGCUACCUGAAUACUGCCGAAUUGUAUGAUCCAUCAAGUGGAAUUUGGACCGCUACGGGUAACUUGAACAGUGGACGGUAUGCUCAUACAGCGUCCAUAUUAGCAGAUGGGAAAGUAUUGGUCACUGGUGGAUAUAGUUAUAAUUACCUAAACAGUGCCGAGUUGUACGAUCCAUCGAGUGGAACAUGGGCUGUUACUGGCAGCUUGAACAUUGCACGUGCCUACCAUACAUCAACCGUAUUAACAAAUGGAAAGGUGUUGGUCAUUGGAGGAUAUAAUGCUUAUGUUCUAAAUAGUGCCGAGUUAUAUGAUCCGUUGACUGGAACGUGGACCAAUAGUAGCAACAUGAACACUGAGAGAUACCUUCAUACAGCAUCCAUAAUAGCAAAUGGAACAGUGUUGGUCAGUGGUGGACGAUAUAAUACUUAUCUAAAUAGUGCCGAGUUAUAUAAAUGA